GCCACCCACCCGCCCGGUUGGCCACCCGCGCCGGCAGCAGGCGCACGCGGAAGCCGCCAGCGCACGCAACCCCGCCGCGCCUUUUGGCCCCUCUCCCGGCCGGCCGCGUCGGCGUCUGGGAGACUGGGGGCUGGGAUCCAGUACCCAAGGGGCCCCACGCCCGCGCGCGUCAGCGUCGCACCAACCGCCGCCGCCGUGGCGCCGGCACGGGCAGCAGCAGCCUCCGCCCGAAAUUCCCGUCUCCCCCAUUUCAAGCCCUCCUCCCCUCGGCUACGCCGCUGCUGUUCGGCACUUGUCAUCAAUUCGUUAGUUAAAGGGAAAUCCCCUUCGCGUCCCCUCCGCCUCGCACCUAAAACCUGCUGCGAUCCGCCCACCCACCACCAGCCCACCCGAUCAGAGCGCGCGCGCAUGGCCGAUCGGCGCGGCCGCUGAGCGGCGGCGGCGGGAGUGAGCGGCGGGGGCGGCGGGAGGUGGGCGGAGGGAGGAGAUGCCGGGGCUGGCGGGGAGGCCGGGGUCGUGGGGCGGGCUGGUGCUGCGGGUGGGGCAGGCGUUCUUCGCCGCCGCCUGCAUCGGCGUCAUGGGGUCGUCGCUCGGAUUCGCCAGCUACACCGCCUUCUGCUACUUGGUUGCAUCAAUGGGACUUCAGAUGUUGUGGAGCUCUGGACUUGCAUGUCUGGAUGGAUAUGCCAUCAAAGUCAAAAAGGAUCUCACCAGCCCAAUUCUGUUGAGCUUAUUUGUCGUUGGAGACUGGGUAACAGCAAUUUUGUCAUUCGCUGCAUCGAGCUCAGCUGGUGGUGUCGUAAUUCUGUUUCAAAAGGACGUGCUCUUCUGCAGAAGGUAUCCCCAACUCCCUUGCGGAAAAUACGAGCUCGCCGCAGCAUUUGCCUUCCUGUCUUGGGCACUCAGCGCUACAUCAGCCCUGAUCAUGUUUUGGCUCCUGGCUGCGUCCUGAUUUUGUUUAUGAUCGUGGGAUAGCAAUGUUUAUAGGACCUCUUUUUUCUGCUCUUCUCUCUUUGUAGCUUUUACAAAGGAAAUUUACCAUACCACGUAUUUAGCAAACCACAUAGCCCCAGAAUGGAAAUGUUGGGAUCAUGUAAAGUCCAUGGAGUGAACAAUUACUAAUGAUAGAAAUUGCUGAAUAGAUGCUUUGCAUCAGAUGCUGGUGAGUUAAUUGCCAUUUUGCUA